AAUUAAUACGAUAAAAGUGUAGCUUUUCAGAAGUUUUUUUAGAGGAUCUAUUUUGAAAAUUCGUAAAUGAUGUUUCGUUUUCAAUCGAUGAUAUGUUUUUUGACAUGAUCGAAAUUAGAAAUCAUCGAAAAAUGAAUGGACGGAUGCGUUGUUUCACUUUUUAACUGACAUCUCAUUGAUAAUGGGUAUCAUAGAAAAAAUAGGUUAUAUAGCGAUCUUUUACUGGAGCUACAAGAUCUAUCAAGGCAUAAUACGUAAACUGAUCAAUGGAUUUUCGAAUAAUAAGAAAAUUGAUUUAUUAUCAAUGGGUAAAUGGGGAAUGGUAACUGGUUGUUCACAUGGCAUUGGAAAAGCAUAUGCCGAAGCACUUGCAAAAGCAGGAUUAAAUGUUGUCCUAAUAAGUCCUGAUACGGAAAGUUUGAAAAUAUUUGCCAACGAAAUUGAAGCUCUUUGCAAUGUUAGAACAAAAAUAAUAAGAUUAGAUUUUUCUGAGGGAAUGGAAACAUACCGUACUAUAGAGAAAGAAAUAUUAAAUUUAGAGGUGGGCGUAUUGGUGAAUAAUCUUGGUAUUUCUUAUCCUCAUCCUGAAUAUUUCCUGGAUUUACCACACAAGGAUAAAAUUUAUAUGAAUAUUAUACAUUGCAAUAUCGUUGUUGUGACGAACAUGUGUCGAAUAGUAUUACCACAAAUGGUAUUACGUGGUAAAGGUGUUGUAGUAAAUAUCUCAUCUAGCGUGGCUCUAAUGCCAUGUCCAUUAUUGACAGUUUUCGCAGCAACGAAAGCGUAUGUCUUAAAAUUCAGUAGAGAUUUGCAAAUCGAAUAUGGCAAACAUGGUAUAAUCGUACAAUGUCUUUUACCUGGAACCGUAACCAAUCAUACGAUGGAUUCACCAAAAGCUGGCUGGAUGAUACCAACACCAGAUGAAUAUGUUCAAAGUGCUAUAAAAACUAUCGGAAAGGAAAUCGUCACAACGGGCUUCAUUCCACAUUCCUUAUUAAUUGGCAUGGUCAAACUGAUAUAUCAUUUUUCUCCAAAAUUAAUAUUAAUAUGGAUGAUAAGCGUUAUGGAGAAUAAUCGUAACAAUAUGUUACAACGAUAUCUUGCUUAAUAUCAUAAUCUUCAUAUUAUCAUUCUUUCGAAUUUUUUCCUCUGUGCACUUUUCACUAUGCCGAUCAAAUUAUCUCGAUAAAUUAAUUAUUGCGUAGUACUGACAGUGUUCUCCAAAGAGAAUAUAUUUCUCUUUGAAAGAGAAAACAUUUUUAUGUUUAUUUAUAAAAAUCUAUAUUGUUUAUUUUUUCACAUUUAAUUGUCUAAUUAACAACAACAUAUACAAAAUAAUAUACUUUUUAUAUUAUUAUCUAUCUCUGUUAGAAAAUGUAUCGUAAACUGAAAUAAUGGAAUAUACGUGAAUUUUCGCAUCAACGUAUCAAUUAAUUCGUUUAUAUAAAUUUUCAUUUUACGUAUUAAAAAUCUAUAUAGAUAUAUAUGUAUCUACGCAGAUAUAGAUAAAAAAAUAUUUAUAAAAUUAAUAUAUAAAUAUUUGAAUUUAAUGCUGUUUAUCAUGCAUCUGGUUUUAUAAUGAUUUACGUCAACAAUGUUUACAAGUGUAAUUUUUGAACGAUUUUGAUUAACAAGGUCUCAUUUUAAAGAUUAAAGUUCAAGCAUAGACAUGGUUUUUUUGAACUUUUGAAAAAAACUUUAUUUUCUCUGAAAAAAAGGUCGUGUUAAAAAAUAAUCCUUUCUUUGACAAUAAUUUACGUGUGAAA